GCAGGAUACCAAUUCCUACUCCAUUUUGAAUUUCAAAUUCUUCAUGAACCCUUCUCAUAAUGUAUUUGUGCCGUUUCAAAACCAUCGUCAACGGUAAUAUUUUCAUUGAAAAAUACAACACUCUCUUUGAUUUCAAGAAGACACGAAGAACAUUAUCACAGUCUCUUUGAUUUCAAUUUUCAAGAACCCAGCCAUGUAUGAGGACAAAGAGAUCCACAUUCAGGUGAAGAAAACUCCGGCAUUCACUGUACUGAAGAACGGUUCCAUCCUCAAGAACAUCUUUCUUUUACGCAAACCACCUCCCUUCUCCACCGAACAACCUGCAGCCGGAACAUCAUCGAUAAAUCAGGACUCCGAUGAAGAAAUUUUGCUUGUUGGACGACACCCAGAUUGCAACAUUACUCUGGAGCACCCUAGUAUCAGCAGAUAUCAUCUCCGUAUCCACUCAAAUCCGUCUUCACAUACGCUCUCAAUAGUUGACCUAUCAUCAGUUCACGGAACAUGGGUGUCGGGGAAGAGAAUUGAACCAGGGGUUUCCGUGAAACUGAAAGAGGGAGACACGGUGAAGAUGGGUGGUUCAAGUAGGGUUUACGAGCUGCAUUGGGUCCCAUUGAACCAAGCUUUUGAUGUUAAUGAUCCAUUCGUGCCUCCCACCUUCAGAAAACAAGAAGAAACACAGGAUGAAAGUUGCUCGUAUGAUCUUGAGACACAUUCCUCUAAUGAGGAUUUGGAGAGUUCGGAAUUUUCAUUUUCCAACACGAAUCUUCAUUCCUCCUUGGAGAAAUUGAACCCAUCGACAUAUUCAGCACCAAACUACUUAAAUUCUUCAUGUGAUGAGACUGAGGUAGAAGAACACAUGACUCCAUCUAAAAAAGGAAACCAAAAUGGUGAAAUCUUUAGCUCAAAAGCUGGAAUAGAAAAUCAAUCCCAUGAAGAACAGUUUUCUGUGCUUAACAACUCAAAAGCUGAUGAGUUUGAUACAGACAAUGGAAGUGAUGAAAUUUUUGCAAUUCUGUCAGUUCAAGCCCCAAUUGUUGUCUCUGAAUCUUUAUCUGAAACAGAGAUCUUUGAUAGCAUAAACAAACCAGAAGAUCUUUCUGUGGCUCUUUUUGAUGCUAUUGAAACCCAUGAAGAAGAAGAAAUAGAAAAAGGCAAUGAGAUUAAUAUAUGCACUGAUGAAUCAGAUUCUAUGGUUCUUUGCACAUCAUUCAUUUCAAGACAAGAUGUAGAUAUGGGUGUUAGAUUUGAAUCAGGAAAUCAUGAAAUUAUGAAGAAAGAAUCGAAUUUUUUGGCCCUUUUGGAUGAAACAGACAUGGAUCAAGAAACAAGUUUUACUCCAGAAAUAUCAAGAGCCAAAGAAAAUUCAAGGACUCUUUUUGAUAGUUUAAAUGGAAAGGAAUUGGAGUUUUUUACACCAGAUAAAGAGAACAAGGAUCCCAAUGUUUGUUUAAUGAAAUCUUUGAGAAAAUGGAAGGAAGAUGAAUGUAAAGGAUCAAACAUCUGUGCAAUGUUGAAGGAAGCUGUCAGUGAGGGUAGAAAAGACAUUUUUGAUGUGUCAGAGUAUGAUGAUGAAAAGGGCAUUGAUUCAUCUAAUGGAGGGGAAAAGAAAAGAUGGAAUAUGAUACUAGACACUAAUACCCUUCUUCACAAAGAGUCUUUAAAGCAUUUGAAACUCCUACAAGGCCUCAAAGGGACUCAACUUUUCAUACCCAAAAUCGUGUUAAAGGAACUAAAGGAAAUAAAGAGGCAACAUGAUCAUGAUUUGUUCAACAUAACUACAAAAAAGGUUUCUUUAGCAUUGAAAUGGAUUGAUGAAUGUAUGAUGACUACAAAAUGGUGGAUUCACAUGGAAGAUGAUGAAAUUGAAACAGAAAUUAAAGUUCUUGAAACUGCUAUUCAGUUAUGCAAAGAAAGUAAAGAUAGAAAGGUUAUCAUUCUUAGCAAUGAUGUUUCACUCAAGAUCACAUCCAUGGCAGAAGGAAUUAUGUGUGAAGAAGCAGAAGAGUUUUAUAGGAGCUUGGUGAAUCCAUUUUCAGAGAGGUUUAUGUGGAUUGGGAGUUUGGGAAGAGGACUUACUUGGUCAUGUGUAGAUGAUGAUGUUUUGAGAGAAAAAUAUUUGGGAUUUGGGGUAAAUGUGUCAAAUAGGUUUAAGGGUUUGAAGUUUUUGGCACAUUUAACAACUUUAUAAAUACUUUACUUGUGAUUUUUCCUGUCAUAUGAUGAUUCAUGUAUCAUUAGUUUAUGAUUCAAUCUAUCUCUAGUGGUUUGAAUUUGAUGGGCUAAAUGCAAGAAGAUAAAGCCUUGUAUUUUCAAUUUGUAGUAUAUAGCAAGCAUCCUACUUCAUUUCUUGUA